AUGGCGGCGGCGGCGGCGGCAUUCAUAAUGAUGUUGAUGACAGCAUGCGUAGUGUGCAGUACAGCUUCCUACAGGGCUCGCGUGGUGGGUGGCAAAACAGAGAUCGCAAACGUGAGGACAAACGAGGAGGUACAGGAACUGGGAAGAUUCGCGGUGGAGGAGUUUAACCGGAGUGUGAAAGUACGGAAAGAAGGGGAAGAGGAGUUGAGGUUCGUGGAAGUGGUGGAGGCGCAGCAACAAGUAGUGGCUGGAAUCAAGUACUAUAUGAAGAUAUGGGUUACGCAGGUGAAGAAUGAGGAUCACCAGAUGUUUGAUUCAGUGGUGUUGGUUAAGCCAUGGCUUUCUUACAAACAUCUUCUCCACUUUGCACCUUCUUCCCAAUCAUGA